CUGUGUUAUUUCGAAGCCACUUCCGCCCGCAGGUCUUUGGCGCGCCCGCUCCAAAAUGUUGCAGUCGUGUCCAUCUUUGUGCUGCUCGAACAACAACAACACAUCAGUGCAACAACAUGUAAGAAUCUUCUUCCCGGGAUUGGAGAGUUGACUUUCUGGCCAAUAAAUUGCACCAUGGACUGGCCCAGCAGGCUCCAGGUGUGGAUGGAGCUGGCUGAGAGCUGUGGACUCAGUACCCUCCAGCAAGGCAUUCAGCAGGUCUGGCAGCUGCUGCUCAUUUGUCUCAUCAGCAGGCUGCUCUUCAGAUUGGGGGGCGUGUCCUGGGUGAAUCACCUGGUGUCCAUGCUGGCUGGAAUGUCCAGCCUCUUCCUCUUCUUUGACCUGCACAUGCUGUGGGUGAUGCUGCUCAGUGUCCUCUGCUACCUCACUCUUCUUCUUGGCCCACGCUGCAGCAGCAGAGGUCUCUUCCUGUCCUGCGUCAUUCUCAUCUACCUGCUCGUUGGAGAAUUACAUCUAAUUGACACGGUGACCUGGCAUAAGAUAAGAGGUCAAGCUGUCAGCGCCUACUUCCUGUGCGUUCUUGCCUGUGUGUUGAGAGGCAGUCAGAUGGUGGUGGCCAUGAAAGCCAUUUCUCUGGCCUUUGACCUGGAUGGAGGGACGGUCCCCGCUCUGCCCCCACCAACAGAGUUCCUAGGCUACGUCCUCUUUGUGGGAAAUGUGGUCUUCGGUCCGUGGAUCAGCUUCUCAUCAUACAAGGCUGCUGUCUUGGGCAGACGACUGAGCUGGCUAUGGUUUUGGCGUUCCUCCCUCAGCCUGCUAAAGAGUCAGGUUUGCCUGCUGGUGUCGUCUUGCAUCGCUCCUUACCUCUUCCUGUUCUUCAUCCCCAUCCACGGGAAUGCAUUCACACACAAGUGGCUGGGUGCCUAUGAGAAUGCCUUGUCCUUCCACUUCAGCAACUACUUUGUGGGCCACCUGAGUGAGAGCAGCAGCAUGUUGGCAGGCGCCGGACAUGUGGAGGAAAAAGACCACGUGCGCUGGGAAAUGCAAGUGGUCAAACCUCUGAAUGUGGAAAUGCCUCGCUCCAUGGUGGAAGUGGUCACUUCCUGGAACAUUCCCAUGUCUCGCUGGCUUAAAACCUACGUCUUCAAGAACGCCAUGAAACUGGGGACUUUUCCCGCCAUCCUUGUCACGUACACAGCCAGCGCUUUACUGCAUGGUUUGAGUUUCCACCUGGGAGCUGUGCUGCUGUCUUUAGGCUUCAUCACAUAUGUUGAACACGUCCUGCGGAGGCGACUUGCUGCUAUCUUCAGCGCCUGUGUCCUAUCCAGACCUUGUUCCUCUGACUGCAACCACCAACAUAAAAAGGAGUUGUGGGUGUUGCUACUGAAUAUGUGUUUCACUUUGUUGGCCAUCUUCCACCUCACCUACUUGGGCUCCAUGUUUGAUCCUGGUGUUGAAGAGGAAGUGGAAGAGGGUUACACAGCCAUCCACACUAUUCACAGGUGGUCAGAUCUCAACUGGGCCAGCCAUUGGCUCCUUUUUGUCUCCUGGAUCUUUUACCGAUUAAUCCUGUGACGUCUUCCAAGCGCAACACCAUCGCUUCCUACUUCCUGUCUGGCCCCCUCCACUUGGAGAUCCACGAACUUGAGUGUUUUCUUCUUUCUUUUGCUGAGAUAAAGUGGAGGUUGGAGAAGAAGCAAUCAAUGAACAAAUGUUCUCUAAUA